AUGGAUGACGAAUACGCGAGUUCCGAGAACGAGCAAGAUGAGCUCAUGGAAGAUGCCGAGGACCUUGAAGCCGAGAACGACGCCGAGGAGGAGAACGAGGACGAAGAGGAAGACCAAGACGAACAAGACGAACCCGAACCAGGGCAAGACGUGGAACCGGAAGCUGAAGCCGAAGCCGAGACCGAGUCGUUCGCUACGUCUCAAGCACACGCCCCCGACGGCCAACCAACCAGCCAAGUCACGGUCGCGAACGCAACCGCUGCGCCCAUAAGCCCGACGCUCCAGAAUCGAUGGCGCCCGGUUCUCCGGCAAGAAUACAUCGACGCCCCGCUCUAUGACAUUGUUCCCACCAUGGCGGCGCCCCAGGCGACCAGCGUUAAUGCCAUGGCGAUCACCCCCGACCUCCGGUACUGGAUAACGGGCGGCUCCGACGGCUACAUCCGCAAGUACGACGGUAUGGGCACAAUCAACGGGAAACAACAACUCACUGUCGCUCAGCGGCAUCCGUUCGUCGAUAGCGUCGUCAAGGCGGGCAUACUCAUGAGCUACUGGGAGAACGAGGAACCGUCGCCGCCCAAUGCGCGCGCCGAGGAUAGGGUUCUGUCGCCCGUAUACAGUCUCGCCGUGCACAGCGGGGCACUGUGGCUUUUGAGCGGACUGGAGAGCGGCGGGAUUAACCUGCAGAGUGUACGCCACGACGAGGGGAAGAGAAUACACUGUCUGCGGGAUGGCGGCCACACCAACGCCGUCAGCGUGCUCCAGCUGGCCUCUGACGAGAAGAGCGUGCUCAGCGGGAGCUGGGACAAGACGGUGCUCGACUGGGAUUUGAACACCGGCAACGUCAUAAGGCGGUUUGAGGGCAGCGGAGGGCAGAUCUCGGCCAUCGAGUUGCGUCCGCUAAGUGGGGCGCCUAUCCCGGCUGAGGCGAGUGAGGUUGAGAUCAAAAGCGACACCUUUUUUACUGAGACUAAGCCCAGAGUUAACGGCUUCUUUCAGAAUGGCGUCGCGGACGAAGCGGGUGGCGGGGAACACGCUGCUCGUAGUGGGACAGGUGCAGCCGGCGAUGGUACAGGGUCGCCUGAGCAUGAGUCCCUUUUCGGUAGUCCCGCUGGGUCUCUAUUUGGUGAUAACGACACUAUGGGUGGCGGCGGAGGCGGGGGGGCCUUUGGUGAUGACGACGAUGAGUUCUCUCGUGCCAUGGAUAUGGGACUUCACGACGAUUCCAAUCACCACGGGCUGGACCACUCAGGCGACUUCACCAUGGGCGACACCGACAUGGCCGGGGGCGGCUCUUUAGACAUGGGCACGCCCACAGCAACGGCAACAGAAACCGUCCCUCCAACACAAGACGGCCUAACCACAACACAGAGCGAAUCCAACGGCGACCUCUCCCGCAGCGGCGGCGGCGGCGGCAGCGGGCAGCGGCCAACCCCUCCCUGGUCUUCACCUCCGCCGCCCCCCCCACCCCACACGGACCCCACCCAAUCCUUCCGCCAGCACCUUCCUCUCCGCCGCCAUCGACGGCACCAUCCGCCUCUGGGACCCGGCGCGUCCCCGACCUCCAUCGCGCGCACUCAACAACCGGGCGCGGCGUGCCCCCCUGGUGGCAUGGGCCGCGUGCUGGUCCGCUCCGACCGGCAACUGGGAUCCUACGCCCGGACGGGCGCCAACGGCACGGUGGAAGAAUACUCGAUCCACAACGCGACGAGCACCUGGCUGCCCGAGCGCGCGCUCAAAUUCCCCGCCGGCUCCGGCGCCGUCAGCUGCGUGCGGCCCAUGGCCAACGGGCGCCACCUCGUCUGCGCGUCCCACGACAUCCUGCGCCUGUACGACCUGCGCGACACCUCGGCCUUCAAGCACAGCAAGGUGCCCUUCAUCAUCAUCCCCGGCCCGCCGCGCGCGGGCGUCAUCUCCCAGCUGUAUGUGGAUCCGACGUCGCGCGUCAUGAUCUCGACGGCGGGGACGCGCGGGUGGGAUGGCACGUCGACGGAGGUGCUGAUUGGGUAUGAGAUUGGCGUGUCGAAAUAG